CGCCUGUUUAAAGAUCUCGUGUCCCAAAACAAGUGAUGUGCGUUUUAUUGCCUGCGUAUUUGUUCAAAUGCUACGGACUGCGAUUUGUUUUGUAAAAGUGGUCGUUUUUAAAUCUCAAUGGAUAAGGUGCAUUCUUCCAUGCGCGAACGACUCUACAGCUUGCCACAUCAGUUUGGACACAAGGGUGCUAUGACUCGAGACGGCGAAGACGGCGACAAGGACACUCGGAGGAAGAGUGUCAAAAUGAAGCAUCUUCCGUCACCCUCUUCCAUUGGGAGCACGAAGGGUGUCAGCGAGGCCAAGAGUGGAGACGCGGAGACCGAUGUGGGGAGACCCUUCAGAACAAACGUGAACGGCGACUGCCGGAGGUUUAGGGGCAGUCUGUCUUCCAUCACCAGCCGGCAUGCCCCAGACGCGGAUCUGGCGGAGCAAAGGCUCCUCAUCACCGAGGGGGAUGCCAGCCCCGAGGAUGACGGUCCCUUGGAGCAACCUGGAUCUGGAGAGAGCGAGGGCGCACAAGGUGGUCGUAGCGAGGGGGUACAGCAGGCGGCCUCCGAUGAACAGUCGAGUUUCAUAAAGUUGGAGGGUAUCGAUGAGAUCGUGCCGGACGAUGAGAGGUUGUACCAGGCUGGGUUUAUGCACAGGCAGUUUGGAGCGAUGCUUCAGCCAGGGGUCAACAAGUUCUCGCUUCGAAUGUUCGGAAGCGAAAAGGCUGUGGAGCGCGAGCAGGAACGGGUCAAAUCCGCAGGCUUUUGGAUUAUUCAUCCAUACAGUGACUUCAGGUUCUACUGGGAUUUGAUCAUGCUCCUCCUGAUGGUGGGCAACUUGAUCAUCAUCCCAGUAGGCAUCACAUUCUUUAAAGAUGAACACACCCCCGCCUGGAUAGUCUUCAAUGUUGUCUCUGACACGUUCUUCCUGGUGGACCUGGUGUUGAACUUCCGCACGGGGAUCGUGAAGGAAGACAGCACGGAAAUCAUCCUGGACCCUCAGCAGAUCAAGGUGAAGUACCUGCGGAGCUGGUUCGCCGUGGAUUUUAUCUCUUCCAUCCCUGUGGAUUACAUCUUCCUUAUCGUGGAGACGCGCAUCGACUCAGACUUCUACAAGACGGCGAGGGCGUUGAGGAUUGUGCGUUUUACAAAAAUACUCAGUCUGCUGAGGCUGCUGAGAUUGUCAAGACUGAUUCGAUACAUCCACCAAUGGGAGGAGAUAUUUCACAUGACCUAUGACCUUGCGAGUGCCAUGGUGCGCAUUGUGAAUCUGAUCGGAAUGAUGCUGUUGUUGUGCCACUGGGACGGCUGUCUGCAGUUCCUCGUGCCCAUGCUGCAGGACUUCCCCUCAGACUGCUGGGUGGCCAGAAACAAAAUGGUGAAUGACACGUGGGGUCAGCAGUACUCUUACGCCCUCUUUAAGGCCAUGAGCCACAUGCUGUGCAUCGGCUAUGGCAUGCACCCUCCCGUGGGCAUGACGGAUGUUUGGCUGACCAUCCUCAGCAUGAUUGUGGGCGCAACCUGCUAUGCCAUGUUUGUGGGCCACGCAACUGCCCUCAUUCAAUCACUGGACUCCUCACGAAGGCAGUACCAGGAGAAAUACAAACAGGUAGAGCAGUAUAUGUCCUUCCACAAACUUCCAGCAGACAUGCGGCAGAGGAUCCACGAUUACUAUGAGCAUCGCUAUCAGGGGAAGAUGUUUGAUGAGGAGAGCAUUCUGGGAGAACUGAACGAGCCACUCAGAGAGGAAAUCAUCAGUUUUAACUGUCGAAAGCUUGUGGCCACCAUGCCUUUGUUCGCCAAUGCAGAUCCCAACUUUGUGACUUCAAUGCUCACCAAGUUGCGUUUCGAAGUGUUCCAGCCAAGAGAUUACAUUAUCAGAGAAGGGACAGUGGGAAAGAAGAUGUAUUUCAUCCAACACGGCGUACUUACUGUCCUGACAAAGGGCAGCAAAGAGACAAAGAUCUCGGACGGUUCUUACUUUGGAGAGAUCUGCUUGCUCACCCGAGGUAGAAGAACAGCCAGUGUCCGAGCGGACACAUACUGUCGUCUUUACUCGCUCUCUGUGGACCAUUUCAAUGAGGUGUUGGAGGAGUACCCCAUGAUGCGACGUGCCUUCGAGACUGUGGCUCUUGAUCGCCUUGACCGCAUAGGAAAGAGGAAUUCGGUGCUCCAACACAAGGUCCAACGGGAUCUGAAUUCCGGAGUGUUCAACUAUCAAGAGAACGAGAUCAUCCAGCAGAUUGUGCAGCACGACAGGGACAUGGCCCAUUGUGCCCACCUGAUGAAAACACCUCCCCCGGCUCCACACCUAGCACCUGCACCAUCAUCCCACACUCCAGUCAUCUGGGCGCCUCUUAUCCAGGCUCCUCUUCAAGCUGCCGCAGCCACAACUUCAGUCGCCAUCGCCUUGACUCGCCACCCCCAUCUGCCUCAUACGCUCUUCCGCCCCCCUGUCCCGCUGCUUGGCUCUUUGAAGGACCAACCAGGGUUUGUUAAACAGUUCCCGACAUCUCUGUCAGGCGCAACUGCAUUUGGUGGCACCUCAUCGGCUAGCUCGCAGUUUAGCUCUUGUAUGGAGACCCCAAUUCUGGACACGCUCAGGACUGAGAGAUCUUCUACCUCCACCCCACUACCACAAUCGUCUAGUUCUCUACCAUCUGCUAUCACCACAACCAUCACCACCACCACUUCCAGCAUCACAGAGUCUUCCAUUAAUCCCUAUAGAUCUCUUGCCUCUGAUGGCUCUAAAGACUUUAGUGUUGCCCAGCUUCAUCCUCAGCCACAUCAGCUUCCUCCGGCCUCAUUCCCCAGCUUUGCUGCAUCCCUUCCAAGGUUCUUCCAAAAAGCAGCCGUUGGAGGAGAGUCCAUCCAGCUUGCAAUUCCCCCUAUAUCCACCCUCACCCCUUUGAUAGCACAUUCAGUAAGUCCCAUACUGACCCAACUGCAUUCAGCACAGACUAAUACUCAACCUACAAAACCUUGUCAGGACUUGACUAAAGUUACUAGGACAGUUUCCCAAUCUCCUAUAAAAGGGUCCCCUAUCUGCUCCAAGAGCAUACUAGAACAAGUCCCAAUUGUCCCAUCCCAGCACCCUCAAACUGUCCUACAGCCUGACGUUUUCUACCAGCUGUCCCAAGAACCAUCUGCUCUUGCUUCCUUAGCACAAUAUGGGUCAGGAAAUGCAUCCCCGUGUAGCACCCCUUCAGCUUGGAGCCCCAUGUGCCAGAGUCCUAUGGUGGAGAAGAUGAGGAUUUCCACGCAUAGCCAUCCUGCAAGCAUCUCUGGGUCCCAAAGCUCUCUCCCGACCGCUCAGACACUAUUUCUGCCACCGUCCCGACCAAGAGAAAGGGGUGGAUCACUGGUUGAUUUACCUUCCCAGAACUUAAGCACCGUUUCUAUUACCCUUCCAACUCCAGGACCGCCUGAAAAGUCCAAGCUGGUUGGACGAGGACCUAAACCUCCGGACUUAUCACAGCAUAGAGGAUCAGCUUCAGGUUUUUCACCUCUCCACUCACCCCCUGCUGUUAUCAAACCAUUUAGCUCAAUACCUGGUCACGUUGUUUUAUCAAGACAAACUUCAAAGUUGUCUAUAAGUCAGACUGCGUCCUCAGGUGGAUCGCCGGGUCAUGAAUCUAGUGAUGCAUCCGCCCCUAGCACACCAACUUUGCACCCAAAACUCCCAUCGAACUUGUGAGAAUGGGCUACACCCUCCUCAAAUGAGUGACCUUGUUUUUAAUAGCCAGAAUUAACCGUCACAGAAACUUGACUUUUUGGAGGAGGGUGUAUGUUGGUCUUCUUGGACCUCUUGGUCUACAAGGACUUACCUAUUUGUUAAACCAAAAGAGAGAAUGGACUAACAAAACUUAGCAAAGAACGAAGGUGUGAAUUCAAUUUGUCUUCCAAGUUGUCAUUCAUUUUUGUAAUAUUAUAGUCUUUUAAUAAAACUGUAUAGGGAUAUGCAACUAACAAC